UAUUUGAAUGACAAUACUUUAUGCUGUGCAAUCACACAGCUGCCGUCGCUUUCUUUUUUUUAUAAAGCACAGUGGCUCGGCUCGGGGACAGCAUUGACCGGUAGUUCAGUCGGAACUCAACACAACCAUGGGGAAGAUCAUAUUUUACGAAGACCGGAACUUUCAGGGGCGCUCUCAUGAGUGCAGCAGCGACUGUGCCGACCUCCACUCCUACUUCAACAGAUGCAACUCCAUCAAGGUGGAGAGCGGCUGCUUCAUGGUCUACGAGCGGCCCAACUACAUGGGCAACCAGUACUACCUGAGGAGAGGGGAGUACUCUGACAACCAGCGUACCAUUGGCAUCAACGACUGUGUCAGAUCUUGCCGUAUGAUCCCCCAGCACCGAGGAUCCUACAGGGUGAGGCUUUACGAGCGCUCCGACAUGUCCGGCCAGAUGCACGAGCUGGUGGACGACUGCCCCAACGUCCAGGACCAGCUCAGCAUGUCCGACUUCAACUCCUGCAACGUGAUGGACGGCCACUGGCUGCUGUACGACCAGCCCAACUACAAGGGCCGCGUGUACUACCUGAGGCCCGGGGAGUACAGGAGAUUCAGCGACUGGGGAGGCGUCAGCCCGAGAGUCGGCUCCCUCAGGAGAAUCACCGACUCCAACUGAAGUCAAGCUUCGUUUUAAAUGCAUCUUUGCCCCGAGUUGAACUGUUCUGUUUUCCCCCCAAUAAACUUUAGUUGCUUCAUGAAA